UGUAGACUGACCGCAGUUGAAGUUUUUAUUUCGUGAAAUCGAUAGAAAAGAAAACCGCAUUGCUCUGAAGCUCAGCUGGCAGGAAGGAGGGUGUGCAGCUACAAGUUCCGAGAGCUAUCGGACCUCCAAAAGCAGGGGUGGGUCCUAGCACUUUGCGCCCCCGACUCUUCACGUAGGUAACGGCGGAUCUGGGGAAUGGGUGGCGUCCGGACCGAGAAGCGCCAGAAAAAACGGGUCUCCCCUGAGAGUCUAGAGGAGGCACUGUACUCGGGAAAGUGAAGCAGCCAGGGGAGAAAGUGAAACAAUGGCCGGUGCUGGAGGUCGGCUGUAAAAACAACAUGACAACAACAGCAAAAAGUAGCGGGGAGGGUGGGAAAGGCAGGCGUCCUCACUGGGGGAUCUAAGGGAGAGAAGAGUGGACCCUGAAAAUGGGAGGCAGUCCACCCUAUAAAGUGUGUGUGUGUGUGUGCGCGCGUGUGCGCGCGGGCGCCCUAGAAGAGCCAGGCUGUGUUUGGGGUGGGGUGGAUGGAGGGUCUAGGGUGGAAAUGGCUGAGCGGCUCUUCCGUGGGGCAGUUUGUAGAAGGGGUCUACAACACGGUUAAGUGCAGGAGGUAGAGAUCUACAAGUGAAUAACGUCUGCCCUGGCAUAACUAGGGGAGGUUCUCUAACUUGGAAGUGGGGUUAACUGCAUUGGGUGAUGUGGGGGAGGGGAAAGGAGAAAAGGGUUUACCGCGGAAGAGGGAGGGAUCUACACUGGCGGAAUUGGGGAGGUAGGGGGCCUGCACAGAAGAAGGUGGGGAAAGAAGAGGGGGGCCGUCCGCGCCCACGAACUGCCCUCUAAGCGCAGGCCGGACCAUGGGAACCCCAAAGCCGCGGAUCCUGCCCUGGCUUGUGUCGCAGCUGGACCUGGGGCAGCUGGAGGGGGUGGCCUGGCUGGACGAGAGCCGCACACGCUUCCGCAUCCCUUGGAAGCACGGCUUGCGGCAGGAUGCCCAGCAAGAAGACUUCGGCAUCUUCCAGGCGUGGGCUGAGGCCAGCGGUGCCUACACUCCCGGAAAGGAUAAACCUGAUCUGCCCACCUGGAAGAGGAAUUUCCGAUCUGCCCUGAACCGGAAGGAGGGGCUGCGUUUAGCCGAGGAUAGGAGCAAGGACCCCCACGACCCGCACAAGGUCUAUGAGUUUGUGAUCUCAGGAGCUGGGAACUUUCCUGAGUCGGACACAUCACUGGGGACCAAUGGUGGAUGCAGUACCUUGGCUACCCAGGAAGACAUACUAGAGGAGUUACUGAAUGACAUGGCCUUGGCCCCAUUCCCAGAUGGGGGGCCCUCGAGCCUGGCUGUGGUCCCUGAACAGACCCCUCCGUUCUUGCUGAGCCCCACCGUAGACAUCCCUCCUCCCUGCCCAAACUCAGAGCCCCCGGAAAACCCACUGAGGCGGCUCUUGGUGCCUGAGGAAGAGUGGGAGUUCGAGGUGACUGCCUUCUACAGGGGCCGCCAAGUCUUCCAGCAGACUGUCUUCUGCCCGAGGGGCCUGCGGCUGGUGGCAUCAGAAGCAGGGGACGGGAUGCUGCCUGGACAGCCAAUCAUAUUGCCAGACCCUGGGGUAUGGCUGACGGACAGGGGUGUGUUGGGCUACGUGAGGCGUGUGCUGAGCUGCCUGGGCGGGGGACUAGCUCUGUGCAGGGCAGGACAGCGGCUCUGGGCCCGGAGGCUGGGCCACUGCCACACAUACUGGGCCUUGGGCGAGGAGCUCCUCCCUGACAGCAGUCACGGGCCCAGUGGUGAGGUCCCCAAGGAUGAGGAAGGACACGUGUUCGACCUACGGCCUUUCGUGUCAGGUUGUUCCCACAUGCCUGAGGGCCCUGCUGGACAUGGCACGCUCAGAGGGUGCUUCCUCACUGGAGAACACUGUGGACCUGCACAUUUCCAACAGCUACCCACUCUCUCUCACAUCAGAGCAGUACAAGGCCUACCUCCAGGACCUGGUCGAGGACAUGGAUUUCUAGGCCACGGGGGAGGUCUGAUCCCUCACUCCUCACGGGUGCUGCCCCCUCGUGCCUUCACCUCGGCCAAUAAACUAUUUCUUGCCACUGUCACCACUUGUGUGCCUGGUGUUGGGUGUGACCUAGACUGGGCGUUAUUCCUUCUUAGGGCCUCAGCGUACCCAUCUGUGCAAGCAACUCCCACCCCAGAUGCUCUCUGCAUGAGGACAGACACUGUGCAGGGGGCAGGUGAUACCUGUCACCUCCUUACCUCUUCCCUGGACCUGGUGAGGAGGGGACAGUCACCCCCAUUUUACAGACCAAGACACUGAUGCUUGGAGAAAAGCAAGGGUCACAAAGCAAGAAACACAAGAUGGGUUAGAAUCCAGUCUGACUCCAGGGGUGCUGCUCUCCAAGGGGGGCCCUGGGGCAGAAUCUAGAACCCCUGUCUUGUCUAUGAACAGUUCAGGCCACUGUCCAGUUAGCAAAGAACCUUUCACCUGGAUCAUCCUGUCAGUUGGGGGCGGGGGCCUUAGGUCCCCCCGCAGCUCCUGCUGGGCGACCUCAGGCAAGUCCUCCCUUCCAGGCCCUGAGCCCCGCUCUGCACUGGGUUGGAACAGGCAGUUCUAGAGAAGUUCUGGGCUUUAGCCUUAAAGACUGCCCACCCCAGAGGGGACUGAUGGAGGCCAGUGUGGCCCUGACUCACUCUGUGGCCCCUGCUGCUCUGUGCCUCAGUUUCCCUCUCUACUGCAGGAGAAUGGAUAAGAUCACUGCAGCCUCGGAGGACUGGUAAAAAGAGAAUCCAAUUCAAUGGGGGACAAAGGUCCUACUGCUGGGGCAAUUCCAGGGCAGACCGAUAGCACCCAGGUGCCCCGAGCUUGGAAGACA